AUGGGGUCAGUUGUGGUUUGGAAUGAAAAAUGGCGAAGAUUUUCUCUCAGCCUGGGGGCAGUAAAUGGGCCUUUUCACCCUCGGAACCCAAAAUCUUCGGGGGGACACCCCAAACCAAGUUUUUGUCAAACCGGGGGGAAGUCGCUCGUUUAUGCAAAUUCGACUUCUCCAACCCCAAACCCGCCCCCCCACCCUUCCCCACGCUGGACAACCAUCCGCUGGGGUAGUCGGGCCCAAGCUUCCGGCGUCACCCGGGUUUACGAAAAGCUCUCCUGGGCGUCGCACGUUAGAGACAUCGGCCCAACUCCCUCGCCCCUCAAUACACCAGCCCCACUCAUCAAUUUGGGGGCUGAAGCUGUUUGCCAUCCACGCCAAACCCCGAUCUGGGUGCCCCCCCAAAGCGCCCCCACUUCCCGGGCCCCCCAGGCCCCCCAACCCAAAAUAGUGCCCCUCAGGGCCCGCGCUGACCGCUACAUCGGGGGUACAAUACCCACCAGUCCGACUCAAACAAAAGAGCACUAG